UCCGGCCUCCGGAGGCGCCGGGAUUGCAGGCCCCGGGAUUGGGAGUGCCGGCGGAGCCCGUGGCCUUUGGGGCUGUGUCCGCACGCGCCAGAGCCAGGCAGCCUGGCCUCUGCCGUCCGGUCUUCGUCCUCGGGGGGCGGCGAGGGCGGCCGGCCGCUGGGGCGGUGCGGGCCGGGGCCGGGCCAAACCGGGGCACGGCGGGCGUUGGCGCAGCCGCCGGACCGGGGCCUGCGCGGACCGCCCGCGGCGCGCGUCUCGGGCUGUCUUUUCAUUUCCAAGUGAUUAUUGUUUUGGAUUUUUCUGCAGACGUGAAUUUUGAUUAAUUUAUUUCACGCACCAGUUCUGGCCUGAGGUUUGACGACUGGGAGGAAAUCGGGGGAAAGAUGCCUUCUGAUUCUUUCUGUUUGGCUGCUCAGGCUCGACUUGACUCCAAAUGGUUGAAAACAGAUAUACAGCUUGCGUUCACACGAGAUGGGCUCUGUGGUCUGUGGAAUGAAAUGGUUAAAGAUGGAGAAAUUGUAUAUACUGGGACAGAAUUAACACAGAAUGGAGAGCUUCCUUCUAGAAAAGAUGAUGGUGUUGAUAUGCAGAUUGGAACAAAGAAAGAAGAUCUGAAUGACAAAGAGAAAAAAGAAGAGGAAGAAACUCCUGCACCUGCAUAUAGGGCCAAAUCAAUCCUAGAGAGCUGGGUGUGGGGCAAGCAACCAGAGGUGAAUGAACUGAAGGAGUGUCUUUCUGUGCUGGUUAGAGAGCAACAAGCUCUGGCCACCCAGUCAGCCACCACCACCCUUUCAGCCCUGAGGCUCAAGCAGAGACUGGUCGUCUUGGAACGAUACUUCAUUGCCUUGAAUAGAACUGUUUUUCAGGAGAAUAUCAAAGUUAAGUGGAAAAGCAGCAGCGUUUCUUUGCCUCCUGUGGACAAAAAAAGUUCCCGGCCCACAGGCAAAGGGGUGGAAGGCCUUGCGAGAGUUGGAUCCCGAGCAGCUCUCUCCUUUGCCUUUGCGUUCUUGCGCAGGGCCUGGCGGUCAGGGGAGGACGCGGACCUCUGCAGCGAGCUGUUGCAGGAAUCCCUGGACGCCCUGAGAGCCCUGCCUGAGGCCUCGCUCUUUGAUGAGAGCACAGUGUCCUCGGUGUGGCUGGAGGUGGUAGAAAGAGCAACCCGGUUCCUCAGGUCCGUCGUGACCGGGGAUGUUCAUGGAACGCCUGGUACCAAGGGGCCAGGAAGUAUCCCCCUGCAGGACCAGCAGCUGGCCCUGGCCAUCCUGUUGGAGCUGGCUGUGCAGAGAGGCACGCUGAGCCAAAUGUUAUCUGCUAUCCUGUUGCUGCUUCAAUUGUGGGACAGUGGGACACAGGAAACUGACAAUGAGCGGUCUGCCCAGGGUACCAGCGCCCCCCUUCUUCCUUUGCUGCAAAGGUUCCAGAGCAUCAUGUGCAGUAAAGAUGCCCCCCAUACAGAAGGUGACACUCAUCUUCUGUCUGGCCCUCUGAGCCCCAAUGAGAGCUUCCUGAGGUACCUCACUCUUCCGCGAGACAGCGAGCUUGCCAUAGACUUACGACAGACCGCGGUUGUUGUCAUGGCCCACCUGGACCGCCUGGCCGCCCCCUGUAUGCCGCCUCUCUGUAGCUCUCCGGCCUCUCAUAAGGGAUCAUUGCAAGAGGUCAUAGGAUGGGGGUUAAUAGGAUGGAAAUACUAUGCCAAUGUGAUCGGUCCACUUCAGUGUGAAGGCCUUGCCAACCUGGGGGUCACACAGAUCGCCUGUGCAGAGAAGCGCUUCCUGAUCCUGUCGAGGAAUGGCCGUGUGUACACGCAGGCCUACAACAGUGACACGCUGGCUCCACAGCUGGUCCAGGGUCUUGCCUCCAGAAACAUUGUAAAAAUUGCUGCCCAUUCGGACGGUCACCACUACCUGGCCUUGGCAGCCACCGGAGAGGUGUAUUCCUGGGGCUGUGGCGAUGGUGGACGUCUAGGCCACGGGGACACGGUGCCUCUUGAGGAGCCUAAGGUGAUCUCUGCCUUCUCAGGAAAGCAGGCUGGGAAGCAUGUGGUGCACAUUGCGUGUGGGAGCACGUACAGCGCGGCCAUCACUGCCGAGGGCGAGCUGUACACCUGGGGCCGGGGGAACUACGGCCGACUGGGCCACGGCUCCAGUGAAGAUGAGGCCAUUCCGAUGCUGGUGGCUGGGCUCAAAGGGCUGAAGGUCAUUGACGUGGCAUGUGGGAGUGGUGAUGCUCAAACCCUGGCUGUGACGGAGAACGGUCAGGUGUGGUCUUGGGGAGAUGGUGACUAUGGGAAAUUGGGCAGAGGUGGUAGUGACGGCUGCAAAACACCAAAGCUGAUUGAGAAGCUUCAAGACUUGGAUGUUGUCAAAGUCCGAUGUGGAAGUCAGUUUUCUGUUGCCUUGACAAAAGAUGGCCAGGUUUAUUCAUGGGGAAAAGGUGACAACCAGAGACUUGGGCAUGGAACAGAGGAACAUGUUCGUUAUCCCAAACUCUUGGAAGGAUUGCAAGGGAAGAAGGUGAUUGAUGUAGCUGCAGGCUCCACCCACUGCCUGGCCCUGACUGAGGACAGUGAGGUCCACAGCUGGGGGAGCAAUGACCAGUGCCAGCACUUUGACACCUUGCGUGUGACCAAGCCAGAACCUGCUGCGCUGCCAGGACUGGAUACCAAACACAUAGUUGGGAUUGCCUGCGGACCUGCCCAGAGUUUUGCUUGGUCAUCUUGUUCUGAGUGGUCCAUUGGCCUCCGUGUCCCUUUUGUGGUGGACAUCUGCUCAAUGACUUUUGAGCAGUUAGACCUCCUACUACGGCAAGUGAGUGAAGGGAUGGAUGGCACUGCUGACUGGCCCCCACCCCAAGAGAAAGAGUGUAUGGCUGUGGCAACACUGAAUCUUCUACGACUUCAGUUGCAUGCUGCCAUCAGUCACCAGGUUGACCCAGAAUUCCUUGGUUUAGGUCUGGGCAGCGUCCUCCUCAACAGCCUGAAGCAGACGGUGGUGGCCCUGGCCAGUAGCGCGGGCGUGUUGAGUACUGUGCAGGUGGCCGCCCAGGCUGUGUUGCAGAGCGGGUGGUCGGUGCUGCUGCCCACUGCUGAGGAGCGGGCCCGGGCACUCUCUGCUCUCCUGCCCUGUGCAGUUUCAGGCAAUGAAGUUAACAUAAGUCCAGGUCGUCGAUUCAUGAUUGAUCUUCUUGUGGGCAGCUUGAUGGCUGACGGAGGCUUAGAAUCAGCCUUAAAUGCAGCCAUUACUGCAGAAAUCCAGGAUAUUGAAGCCAAAAAAGAAGCACAGAAGGAAAAAGAAAUUGAUGAACAGGAAGCGAAUGCCUCAACAUUUCAUAGAAGUAGGACUCCAUUGGAUAAAGAUCUUAUUAAUACGGGAAUCUAUGAAUCUUCUGGAAAACAGUGCUUGCCUCUGGUUCAGCUCAUACAACAGCUUCUUAGAAACAUUGCUUCUCAGACAGUAGCCAGAUUGAAAGAUGUUGCCCGUCGGAUAUCAUCAUGUCUAGACUUUGAGCAACAUAGUCAUGAGAGAUCUGCUUCAUUGGAUUUGUUGCUGCGUUUUCAGCGCUUACUUAUCAGUAAACUUUAUCCAGGAGAAAAUGUUGGUCAGACUUCAGAUAUUUCUAGUCCUGAACUAAUGGGGGUUGGUUCCUUGCUGAAGAAGUACACAGCCCUUCUGUGCACACACAUUGGAGAUAUACUGCCCGUGGCAGCCAGCAUUGCUUCCACUAGCUGGCGGCACUUUGCAGAGGUGGCCUGCAUUGUGGAAGGGGACUUCACUGGUAUUCUCCUUCCAGAACUAGUAGUUUCUAUAGUGCUUCUGCUCAGUAAAAAUGCUGGUCUCAUGCAGGAGGCUGGAGCUGUCCCUCUGCUGGGUGGCCUUUUAGAACAUCUGGAUCGGUUCAACCACCUGGCACCAGGGAAGGAAAGGGACGACCAUGAAGAGUUAGCCUGGCCCGGCAUCAUGGAGUCAUUUUUUACAGGUCAGAACUGUAGAAAUAAUGAGGAAGUGACGCUUAUACGCAAGGCUGAUUUGGAGAACCAUAACAAAGAUGGAGGCUUUUGGACCGUGAUUGAUGGGAAAGUGUAUGAUAUAAAGGACUUCCAGACGCAGUCAUUAACAGGAAAUAGUAUUCUUGCUCAGUUUGUAGGGGAAGACCCGGUGGUAGCUUUGGAAGCUGCUUUGCAGUUUGAAGACACGCGGGAAUCAAUGCAUGCCUUCUGUGUUGGCCAGUAUCUGGAGCCUGACCAAGAAAUUGUUACCAUACCAGAUUUGGGAAGUCUGUCUUCACCUCUUAUAGACACUGAAAGAAAUCUGGGCCUACUCCUUGGGUUACACGCUUCCUAUUUAGCUAUGAGCACACCGCUGUCUCCAGUUGAGGUCGAAUGUGCCAAGUGGCUUCAGUCAUCCAUCUUCUCUGGAGGCCUGCAGACUAGCCAGAUCCACUACAGCUACAAUGAGGAGAAAGAUGAGGACCACUGUAGCUCUCCAGGGGGCACUCCUGCCAGCAAGUCCCGGCUCUACUCCCACAGACGGGCGCUGGGUGACCAUUCCCAGGCAUUCCUGCAAGCCAUUGCUGACAAUAACAUUCAGGACCACAAUGUGAAGGACUUUCUGUGUCAGAUAGAAAGGUACUGUAGGCAGUGCCACUUGACCACACCCAUCACCUUUCCUCCUGAGCAUCCUGUGGAGGAGGUCGGCCGCUUGCUGUUAUGCUGCCUCUUAAAACAUGAAGAUUUAGGUCACGUGGCAUUAUCUUUAGUUUAUGCAGGUACACUUGGUAUUGAGCAAGUGAAGCACAGAACGUUGCCUAAAUCAGUGGUGGAUGUUUGUAGAGUUGUCUACCAAGCAAAAUGCUCACUCAUUAAGACACAUCAAGAACAGGGCCGUUCUUACAAGGAGGUCUGUGCCCCAGUCAUUGAACGUUUGAGGUUCCUCUUUAAUGAACUGAGACCUGCAGUUUGUAAUGACCUCUCUAUAAUGUCCAAGUUUAAACUGUUAAGUUCUUUGCCCCGUUGGAGGAGGAUAGCUCAGAAGAUAAUUCGAGAACGAAGGAAGAAGAGAGUUCCUAAGAAGCCAGACUCUACUGAUGAUGAAGAAAAAAUUGGAAGCGGAGAGAGUGAAGAAGCUUGCAUCUUGCCUCACAGUCCUAUAAAUAUAGGCCCUAGUUGUGAUAAUGUUGAAGAAGAUAUGAACUCUUCCGCCCGAGGAGCUUCUGCCACAGUUUUGGAAGAGACGCGGAAAGAAACAGCUCCGGUACAGCUCCCAGUUUCAGGGCCAGAGCUGGCCGCCAUGAUGAAGAUUGGAACCAGGGUCAUGAGAGGCGUGGACUGGAAAUGGGGUGAUCAGGACGGACCUCCUCCUGGCCUCGGCCGCGUGAUCGGUGAACUUGGAGAGGAUGGCUGGAUCAGGGUCCAGUGGGACACAGGCAGCACCAACUCUUACAGGAUGGGGAAGGAGGGGAAGUACGACCUGAAGUUGGCGGAGCUUCCGGCCUCUACGCAGCCCUCGGCAGACGACUCGGACACGGAGGACGACUCCGAAGCUGAACAAAUUGAAAGGAACAUUCACCCCACUGCGGUGAUGCUUACCAGCACUGUUAAUUUACUGCAGACUCUCUGUCUUUCCGCUGGAGUCCAUGCUGAAGUUAUGCAGAGCGAAGCCGUCAAGACUCUGUGUGGGCUGCUGCGAAUGUUGGUGGAGAGUGGGACGACAGACAAGACAUCCUCCCCCGGCAGGCUGGUGCGCCGGGAGCAGCACCGGAGCUGGUGCACCCUGGGCUUCGUGCGCAGCAUCGCCCUCACGCCGCACAUGUGCGCCGCCCUCAGCUCGCCGCCCUGGAUCGCGCUGCUCACGACGGUCGUGGAGGGACACGCGCCGUUCACCGCCGCCUCGCUGCAGCGGCAGAUCUUAGCUGUACAUUUACUGCAAGCGGUACUUCCGUCGUGGGACAAGACGGAAAGGGCAAGGGACAUGGAGUGCCUUGUGGAGAAGCUGUUUGGCUUCCUGGGGCGCUUGCUCACCACCUGCUCUUCAGAUGUCCCGCUGCUCAGAGAAUCCACGCUGAGGAGGCGGAGGGCCCGGCCGCAGGCCUCCCUGACUGCCACGCACAGCAGCACGUUGGCGGAGGAGGCGGUGGCGCUGCUCCGCACCCUGCACUCCCUGGGCCAGUGGAACGGACUCAUCAACAAGUACAUCAACUCGCAGCUGCGCUCCGUCGCCGCCGGCUGCGCGGGGAAGCCGGCGGAGGGGGCUCUGUUAGAGGACUACUUUCCUGACUCUGAGACCCCUGAGGUGGGGGGCCUCAUGGCAGUCCUGGCUGUGAUUGGAGGCAUUGACGGUCGGUUGCGACUAGGGGGACAAGUCAUGCAUGAUGAGUUUGGAGAAGGCACCGUGACUCGCAUCACCCCGAAGGGCAAAAUCACCGUGCAGUUCUCCGACAUGCGGACGUGUCGCGUUUGCCCACUGAAUCAGCUGAAGCCACUCCCUGCUGUGGCGUUCAGCGUCACCAACUUGCCCUUCACAGAGCCCAUGCUCUCGGUCUGGGCUCAGCUGGUGAACCUUGCUGGAAGCAAAUUGGAAAAACACAAAAUAAAGAAGUCACCUAAACAGGGUUUUGCAGGGCAAGUAGACUUGGACCUGCUGAGGUGCCAGCAGCUAAAGCUAUACAUUCUGAAGGCGGGCCGUGCUCUGCUUUCCCACCAGGACCAGCUCAGGCAGAUCUUGUCUCAGCCAGCUGUUCAGGAGGCCGCAGCUGCUCAUACAGAUGAUGGAGCAGCUGCAUCCCCUGACCUUGGGGACAUGUCUCCUGAAGGACCACAACCCCCAAUGAUCCUCUUGCAGCAGUUAUUGGCCUCGGCCACCCAGCCAUCUCCAGUGAAGGCCAUAUUUGACAAACAGGAGCUUGAGGCUGCCGCGUUGGCCGUGUGUCAGUGUCUGGCUGUGGAGUCUACUCACCCGUUGAGCCCUGUGUUUGAAGACUGCAGCUCCAGCGAGGCCACGACGCCUGUCCCUGUGCAGCGUGUUCGCCCAGUUAGAGCGAAGAAGCACAAGCAGUCUCCUGGUCCUGCUCUGCCUAUUGUGGUUCAGCUCAUGGAAAUGGGGUUUCCUAGAAGGAACAUCGAGUUUGCACUGAAGUCACUCACUGGCGCCUCUGGGAAUGCUGCUGGCUUGCCAGGCGUGGAAGCCUUGGUUGGGUGGCUGCUGGACCAUGCUGACGUGCAGGUCACGGAUCUCUCGGAUGCAGACACGGGGUCUGAGGAGUGUUCAGACGAGGAGGUGGUGGAGGAUGUGGAGGACACGGCCUAUGCUGUGUCUACUGGUGCUGUUGUAACAGAGAGCCAGACGUAUAAAAAGCGAGCUGAUUUCCUGAGUAAUGAUGAUUAUGCUGUGUACGUGAGAGAGAAUAUUCAGGUGGGAAUGAUGGUUAGAUGCUGUCGAACAUACGAAGAAGUGUGUGAAGGAGAUGUGGGCAAAGUUAUCAAGUUGGAUAGAGAUGGAUUACAUGACCUCAAUGUGCAGUGUGACUGGCAGCAGAAAGGAGGCACCUACUGGGUUAGGUAUAUUCAUGUGGAACUUAUAGGCUAUCCUCCACCAAGCUCCCCUUCUCACAUCAAGAUUGGUGAUAAAGUUCGCGUCAAAGCCUCAGUUACCACACCGAAGUACAAGUGGGGAUCUGUGACUCAUCAGAGUGCGGGGGUUGUGAAAGCUUUCAGUGCCAAUGGAAAAGAUGUUAUUGUCGACUUUCCUCAGCAGUCUCACUGGACUGGGCUGUUAUCAGAAAUGGAGUUGGUACCUAGUAUUCAUCCUGGCGUUACGUGUGAUGGCUGUCAGAUGUUUCCCAUCAAUGGAUCUAGAUUCAAAUGCAGAAACUGUGAUGACUUUGAUUUUUGUGAAACUUGUUUCAAAACCAGAAAACACAACACCAGGCAUACAUUUGGCAGAAUAAAUGAACCAGGACAGUCUGCCAUAUUUUGUGGCCGUUCUGGAAAACAGCUGAAGCGCUCUCACAACAGUCAGCCAGGAAUGCUGCUGGAUAGCUGGGCGCGGAUGGUGAAGAGCCUAAACGUGUCAUCGUCUGUGAACCAGGCUUCCCGUCUCAUUGACGGCAGCGAGCCCUGCUGGCAGUCGUCCGGCUCACAAGGAAAGCAUUGGAUUCGUUUGGAGAUUUUCCCAGAUGUUCUUGUUCAUAGAUUAAAAAUGAUAGUGGAUCCUGCUGACAGUAGUUACAUGCCUUCCCUGGUUGUCGUGUCAGGUGGAAAUUCCCUAAAUAACCUAAUUGAAUUAAAGACAAUCAACAUUAACCCCACUGACACCACAGUGUCCCUUCUGAAUGACUCCACAGAGUAUCACAGGUAUAUUGAAAUUGCAAUAAAGCAGUGCAGGAGCUCAGGAAUUGAUUGUAAAAUCCAUGGUCUCAUCCUGCUGGGACGGAUACGUGCGGAAGAGGAAGAUUUGGCUGCAGUUCCUUUCUUAGCUUCAGAUAAUGAGGAGGAAGAAGACGAAAAAGGCAACAGUGGGAGCCUUAUUAGAAAGAAGGCUGCAGGUCUGGAAUCGGCGGCUACGAUAAGAACCAAAGUGUUUGUGUGGGGCCUGAAUGACAAGGACCAGCUGGGAGGGCUGAAGGGCUCCAAGAUAAAAGUUCCUUCAUUCUCUGAGACACUGUCUGCUUUGAAUGUAGUACAGGUGGCUGGUGGUUCUAAAAGUUUGUUUGCAGUGACAGUGGAAGGGAAAGUGUAUGCCUGUGGAGAAGCCACGAAUGGCCGGCUGGGGCUGGGCCUCUCCAGUGGGACUGUGCCCAUUCCUCGACAGAUCACAGCUCUCAGCAGUUACGUGGUCAAGAAGGUGGCCGUUCACUCAGGUGGACGGCACGCUACAGCUUUAACUGUUGAUGGGAAAGUGUUUUCCUGGGGUGAAGGUGAUGAUGGCAAACUUGGACACUUCAGUAGAAUGAACUGUGACAAGCCACGGCUGAUAGAGGCCCUGAAAACCAAGCGAAUCCGGGAUAUUGCCUGUGGGAGCUCGCACAGUGCAGCCCUCACGUCCAGUGGUGAACUGUACACCUGGGGCCUCGGAGAGUACGGUCGCUUGGGACAUGGGGAUAACACAACACAGCUGAAGCCCAAAAUGGUGAAAGUCCUUCUUGGUCACAGAGUAAUCCAGGUGGCGUGUGGAAGUAGAGAUGCACAGACCCUGGCUCUGACUGAUGAAGGUUUGGUAUUUUCCUGGGGCGAUGGUGACUUUGGAAAAUUGGGCCGGGGAGGAAGCGAAGGCUGUAACAUUCCCCAGAACAUUGAGAGACUAAAUGGACAGGGGGUGUGUCAGAUCGAGUGCGGGGCACAGUUCUCCCUGGCCCUCACCAAGUCGGGAGUGGUGUGGACGUGGGGGAAGGGGGACUACUUCAGGCUGGGCCACGGCUCUGAUGUGCAUGUGCGGAAACCGCAGGUCGUGGAAGGACUGAGAGGGAAGAAGAUUGUGCAUGUGGCUGUCGGGGCCCUGCACUGCCUGGCGGUCACUGACGCGGGGCAGGUGUAUGCUUGGGGUGACAAUGACCACGGCCAACAGGGCAAUGGCACGACCACGGUUAAUAGAAAGCCCACACUUGUGCAAGGCUUAGAAGGCCAGAAGAUCACACGAGUGGCUUGUGGGUCUUCGCACAGCGUGGCAUGGACAACCGUCGACGUGGCGACACCGUCUGUCCACGAGCCCGUCCUCUUCCAGACUGCAAGAGACCCUUUAGGUGCUUCCUAUUUAGGUGUGCCUUCUGAUGCUGACUCUUCUGCUGCCAGUAAUAAAAUCAGUGGUGCCAAUAAUUCUAAACCAAAUCGCCCCUCUCUUGCCAAGAUUCUCCUGUCAUUAGAUGGAAAUCUGGCCAAACAGCAGGCCUUAUCUCAUAUACUUACAGCACUGCAAAUCAUGUAUGCCAGAGACGCCGUGGUCGGGGCCCUGAUGCCAGCUGGCAUGGUUGCCCCGGUGGAGUGUCCCUCAUUCUCUUCCUCAGCACCCCCUUCUGACGUGUCUGCCAUGGCCAGUCCCAUGAAUGGAGAGGAGUGUGUGCUGGCUGUUGAUAUUGAAGACAGACUGAGUCCAAAUCCAUGGCAAGAAAAGAGAGGGGAGAUCGUCUCUUCUGAGGAUGCUGUGACCCCCUCCGCAGUGACCCCGUCUGCUUCCUCAGCUUCUUCUCGGCCAUUUAUCCCCGUAACAGAUGACCCAGGAGCUGCCAGCAUCAUUGCAGAAACCAUGACCAAAACCAAAGAGGAUGUUGAAAGCCAAAAUAAAGCGUCAGGCCCAGAACUUCAGUCCUUGGAUGAGUUCACCAGCCUGUUGGUUGUGGACGACACACGCGUCAUGGUGGACCUGCUCAAGCUGUCUGUGUGCGGCCGGGCCGGGGACAAGGGCAGGGACGUGCUUUCGGCUGUGCUGUCUGGCAUGGGCGCCGCCUACCCACAGGUGGCAGAUAUGUUGUUGGAGCUCUGCGUCACCGAGUUGGAGGAUGUAGCCACAGACUCCCAGAGUGGCCGCCUGUCCUCUCAGCCCGUGGUGGUGGAGAGUAGCCAUCCCUACACUGACGACACUUCCUCCAGCGGGACCGUGAAGGUACCAGGCGCAGAAGGACUCAGGGUGGAGUUUGACCGGCAGUGCUCCACAGAGAGGCGCCACGACCCUCUCACAGUCAUGGACGGAGUCAACAGGAUUGUCUCCGUGCGGUCAGGCCGGGAGUGGUCUGACUGGUCCAGCGAGCUGCGCAUCCCGGGGGAUGAGUUGAAGUGGAAGUUCAUCAGUGACGGGUCUGUGAAUGGAUGGGGCUGGCGCUUCACGGUCUACCCCAUCAUGCCAGCUGCAGGCCCUAAGGACCUCCUUUCUGAUCGCUGCGUCCUCUCCUGUCCGUCCAUGGACUUAGUAACCUGUCUGCUGGACUUCCGGCUCAACCUUGCCUCAAGCAGAAGCAUCAUCCCCCGCCUCGCAGCCUCUCUGGCGGCGUGCGCACAGCUGAGCGCCUUAGCUGCCAGUCACAGAAUGUGGGCCCUUCAGAGAUUAAGGAAGCUUCUUACGACUGAAUUUGGGCAGUCAAUUAACAUAAACAGGCUCCUUGGAGAUGAUGGGGAAACGAGAGCUUUGAGUUUUUCAGGCAGUGCUCUUGCUGCUCUGGUGAAAGGCCUUCCAGAAGCUUUGCAAAGGCAGUUUGAAUAUGAAGAUCCUAUCGUGAGAGGUGGCAAACAACUGCUGCACAGCCCAUUCUUCAAGGUACUAGUAGCUCUCGCUUGUGACCUGGAAUUAGACACACUCCCUUGCUGUGCUGAGACGCACAAGUGGGCUUGGUUCCGAAGGUACUGCAUGGCCUCCCGUGUUGCUGUGGCCCUGGACAAGAGAACACCGCUGCCCCGUCUGUUUCUCGAUGAGGUGGCUAAGAAAAUUCGUGAAUUAAUGGCAGAUGGUGAAAACAUGGAUGUUCUCCACGAGAGCCACGGCAUUUUUAGAAGAGAGCAAGAUGAACAACUUGUGCAGUGGAUGAACAGGCGACCAGAUGACUGGACUCUUUCUGCUGGCGGCAGUGGAACCAUUUAUGGUUGGGGUCAUAAUCAUAGGGGUCAGCUUGGGGGCAUCGAAGGUGCAAAAGUUAAAGUCCCCACUCCAUGUGAAGCCCUUGCAGCUCUCAGACCCGUGCAGUUAAUUGGAGGAGAGCAGACGCUCUUUGCAGUGACAGCUGAUGGGAAGCUGUAUGCCACUGGGUAUGGUGCAGGCGGCAGACUAGGAAUUGGAGGGACAGAGUCGGUAUCUACCCCAACAUUACUUGAAUCCAUUCAGCAUGUGUUUAUUAAGAAAGUAGCUGUGAACUCAGGAGGAAAACACUGUCUUGCCCUCUCUUCAGAAGGAGAAGUUUACUCUUGGGGUGAGGCAGAAGAUGGGAAGUUGGGGCAUGGCAACAGAAGUCCGUGUGACCGUCCUCGUGUCAUCGAGUCUCUGAGGGGAAUAGAGGUGGUUGAUGUCGCUGCCGGUGGCGCCCACAGCGCCUGUGUCACUGCAGCCGGGGACCUCUACACGUGGGGCAAAGGCCGGUAUGGCCGCCUGGGGCACAGUGACAGUGAGGACCAGUUGAAGCCGAAGCUGGUGGAGGUGCUGCAGGGCCACCGUGUGGUCGACGUCGCCUGUGGCAGUGGGGACGCCCAGACCCUCUGCCUCACGGAGGACGACACCGUCUGGUCCUGGGGGGACGGGGACUACGGCAAGCUGGGCAGAGGGGGCAGUGACGGCUGCAAGGCGCCCGUGAAGAUCGAUUCUCUGACAGGCCUUGGAGUGGUUAAAGUGGAAUGUGGAUCCCAGUUUUCUGUCGCCCUGACCAAAUCUGGUGCUGUCUAUACUUGGGGCAAAGGUGAUUAUCACAGGCUGGGCCAUGGAUCUGACGACCAUGUUAGAAGACCUCGGCAGGUCCAAGGGCUGCAGGGGAAGAAAGUCAUUGCCAUUGCCACUGGCUCCCUGCACUGUGUGUGCUGCACUGAGGACGGUGAAGUUUAUACGUGGGGCGACAAUGAUGAGGGACAGCUGGGAGAUGGAACAACAAAUGCCAUCCAGAGGCCUCGGCUGGUAGCUGCCCUUCAGGGCAAGAAGGUCAACCGUGUGGCCUGUGGCUCAGCACACACUCUCGCCUGGUCAACGAGCAAGCCCGCCAGUGCCGGGAAGCUCCCUGCACAGGUCCCCAUGGAGUACAAUCAUUUGCAGGAAAUCCCAAUCAUAGCACUGCGGAACCGGCUGCUGCUGUUGCAUCACAUCUCAGAGCUCUUUUGCCCCUGCAUCCCCAUGUUUGACCUGGAGGGCUCUCUCGAUGAAACUGGACUCGGGCCUUCUGUGGGCUUUGGCACUCUGCGAGGAGUUCUGAUAUCCCAGGGAAAGGAGGCGGCUUUCCGAAAAGUAGUACAAGCAACUAUGGUGCGAGAUCGCCAGCAUGGUCCCGUGGUGGAGUUGAACCGGAUCCAGGUCAAGCGUUCAAGGAGUAAAGGUGGCCUAGCGGGCCCCGAUGGGACCAAGUCUGUCUUUGGGCAGAUGUGCGCUAAGAUGAGCUCCUUUAGUCCUGACAGCCUCCUCCUCCCACACCGUGUCUGGAAGGUCAAGUUUGUGGGUGAAUCUGUGGAUGACUGUGGUGGUGGCUACAGCGAGUCCAUAGCUGAGGUCUGUGAAGAGCUGCAGAACGGACUCACCCCGCUUCUGAUCGUGACGCCCAACGGGAGGGACGAGUCGGGGGCCAACCGCGACUGCUACCUGUUCAGCCCGGCGGCCAGGGCGCCCGUGCACACCAACAUGUUCCGCUUCUUGGGUGUGUUACUGGGUAUUGCCAUCCGGACUGGGAGUCCUCUGAGUCUGAACCUUGCCGAGCCCGUCUGGAAGCAGCUGGCUGGGAUGAGCGUCACCAUUGCAGACCUCAGCGAGGUCGAUAAAGAUUUUAUCCCUGGGCUCAUGUACAUCCGUGACAAUGAAGCCACCUCGGAGGAGUUUGAGGCCAUGAGCCUUCCCUUCACGGUGCCAAGCGCCAGUGGCCAGGACAUCCAGCUGAGCUCCAAGUACACACACAUCACCCUGGACAACCGCGCCGAGUACGUCCGGCUCGCAAUGAACUACAGGCUCCACGAAUUUGACGAGCAGGUGGCUGCUGUUCGGGAGGGGAUGGCCCGAGUCGUGCCGGUCCCCCUUCUUUCUCUCUUCACCGGCUAUGAACUCGAGACAAUGGUGUGCGGCAGCCCAGACAUCCCCCUGCAUCUCCUGAAGUCGGUGGCGACGUACAAGGGGGUGGAGCCUUCCGCGCCCCUGAUCCAGUGGUUCUGGGAGGUGAUGGAGUCCUUCUCCAACACUGAGCGCUCCCUCUUCCUUCGCUUCGUGUGGGGCCGCACAAGGCUGCCCAGGACCAUCGCCGACUUCCGGGGCAGAGACUUCGUCGUCCAGGUAUUGGAUAAAUACAGCCCUCCUGACCACUUCCUUCCUGAAUCCUACACCUGCUUCUUUUUGUUGAAGUUGCCCCGGUAUUCCUGUAAGCAGGUGCUAGAGGAGAAGCUGAAAUACGCCAUCCACUUUUGCAAGUCCAUAGACACAGACGAUUAUGCUCGCAUAGCCCUCACGGGAGAGCCGGCUGCGGAUGACAGCAGUGACGACUCAGAGAACGAGGACGUGGAUUCAUUUGCUUCAGACUCUACACAGGAUUAUUUAACAGGACACUGAGGUGCAGAAGUGCCGUCCAUCACAAGACACCACGAGACUGAGCAGGGAGGCAGAGUGCUGCAGUUCAGACUGCAGGGCGUGACGUGUGCCACGAGAAGGGUUAGCCCUCCAACGUGCGGGAGAAUGAUCAGACAGUCAGCCUCGCACGUGGAGACUUAACAGGGGCUUCUUACCCACAAUGCUGCAUUACAUGUAGGACUUCUGCGUUUACUAAAGUGUGUAAAUGUUUAAUAUAAAUACUGAAUUGCAGCAUCCCAAAAAAUGAAUAAAAAGCCUUUUUCCUUGUGGGUGCAAUAGAUUUUUUUUUCCCCUUCCUUUCAAGUGUUGUGCAUUGCCUUGAUUGUACAUUGGAAAUACUGUGUAACAAUUAAAUCGUAUUAUAAAUAUUUCAAUUAAUUUUACUCGGAAUUUAUUAAAAUUUUUUUGAACAUUAAAUGAUCAGUAUUA